UUUUCACCAAUAAGCUAUUUUAGUUUUGUUUAUUUCUUUUCAUGAUGCAGCACAUGCGCUCUCUUUCAUCCCUCUCACCUCAUAUUCUCUCUCUACAUUUUCUAUGUUCUCCAAAAACUUGGCCAUGUUAUUAACAAUUAUUUAUUAUUAAUUAUUUUAUUUUCUUUGACUAGGCUGAGGGCUCCAAAGAGAUUCUUUUUCCAGAUCUACAGUUGAAAGAAAAGCUUUCUAGGCUAAUGGAAAGGUCAAAUGCAGAGCAAGACAUGUUAGAAGAAGUCACAAUCAACAAAGAGCCCAACGUAGUCGAUUUCGAGCACCUAAUCGAGCUCACUAACUACAGCGACAAAGGCAACUGCCAAUUAGCAAACCUGAUCAAGAACUGGGAGCACAAGCAAGCGAACGAUGUUCGUCUCUUGAAGGAAGAGAUCGACAGCCUAAGCAAACAGCGACUAGAGGCUGAGCUCAAGAAACUGGAAAUUCUCGAAGAACGAGAUGCAUGUAGAGGCGAUGAACGGCCGAUUUCGAUUCCUGAUGAGGAUUUGAUCAUUGAGGCGAAAAAGAUGGAAAUCGACGCAGAGUGUGAUAGUGUAGUGCAUUGGAAGGAGCAGAGAGGUAAACAUGAUCUUGAGAAGCUUCUAGAAGCUUCCCUACAACGGGAGCGAGUCUUGCUCGAGAAGCUUCAAGAGAGUACCGCGAAUCUCGAGACGCAAUCUUCUCCCGUUGAGGAGCUUUCGCAGCUUCUUACACGGGCUGAUAACUUCUUGCAUUUUGUCCUACAAAAUGCACCGGUUGUCAUAGGCCACCAGGAUAAAGACUUGCGGUAUCGAUUCCUGUUUAAUCAUUUCCCAAGUUUGGGUGAGGAGGACAUCAUAGGCAAAACCGACGUCGAAAUUUUCAGCGGAGGGGGGGUGAAAGAAUCGCAAGACUUCAAAAAAGAGGUCCUCGAAAAAGGGUUGCCCGCGAAAAGGGAGAUCACGUUCGAAACGGAGCUGUUCGGUUCGAAAACAUUUUUAAUGUACGUGGAGCCCGUUUUUAGCAAGGUCGGUGAAAAAAUCGGAGUAAAUUACAUGGGAAUGGAAAUAACCGAUCAAGUGAGAAAACGAGAGAAGAUGGCCAAGAUUCGAGAAGAAAUGGCCGUGCAAAAGGCCAAAGAAACAGAACUCACCAAAACAAUCCACAUCACAGAGGAUUCGAUGAGAGCGAAAAAAAUGGUUGCAACUAUGUCACAUGAAAUAAGAUCACCUCUGUCUGGAGUUGUGAGCAUGGCUGAAAUUCUUUCGACUACUAAACUCGAUAAAGAACAGAGUCAGCUACUAGGGGUAAUGCUGUCAUCUGGCGAUUUAGUUCAACUAAUAAACGACACCCUCGAUCGUUCCAAAGUCGAGUCAGGAGUAAUGAAAUUGGAAGCUACUAAGUUUAGACCAAGGGAGGUAGUGAAGCAUGUUCUUCAGACAGCAGCAGCAUCACUACAGAAACUACUAGUUCUAGAAGGUCACAUAGCAGAUGAUGUUCCUGUGGAGGUUAUUGGAGAUGUCCUAAGAAUUCGACAGAUUUUCACCAAUUUAGUCAGCAAUGCCGUCAAGUUUACGCACGAGGGCAAAGUCGGAAUAAAUCUCUACAUCGUUAGAGAUCCACGAACAAUAAUAAAACAAGAUUCACAAGAUCAAUGGAAUGCUUCAGACAAUAAUACGAAAGAUGAUCACAACAAAAUUUUCGAAAGUGGGGUCUCGAUGGAUCAAGAAAAAGAUUCUCACAUAAACUCCGAAGAAUCUGUAGUAUGGAUUCGAUGUGACGUAUACGACACAGGAAUUGGAAUACCUGGUAAAACAGAAAAUGCUAUGCCAACUCUAUUUAAGAAACACAUGCAUGUCGGUGCGGACACGGCUCGAAAAUAUGGCGGAACGGGAUCAAGCCUUUCUAUCUGUAAACAGCUGGUUGAGGUAAUGGGAGGACAUCUGACUGUAUCAAGCACAGAAAAACAAGGCUCUACUUUUACAUUUGUGUUACCUCACAAGCUUUCGACGAUUUCCGACGACAGUUCCGAGGAAUUAUCAGACGACACUGACCACCAAGACAUACUCGAUGAUCUAAAUACGGGCGUUUUCAUGUUCCAACCAAGGACUUAG